AUGGAAGAAUUCAAUUUUAAUUUACUAAGGAUAUCGAUAAUUCAAAUACUAAAAGCUCAAGGAUUCGAUAAGAUUAAACCUUCAACAUUAAAUGUAUUAACUAAUUUAUACAUUCAAUAUUUCAAAAAAUUGAUAAAUGAGACUGUUAAAUUUGCACAAUUGAGAAAUGAUGAACCUAUAACAAUGGAUAUUUUACAAGCAAUGGUUCAACUUGGAUUGAUAAAAGUACCUUUGAAUACCUUAGUAGGGAAUGGGACCAAAGAUAUAUAUAAUACCAAAUCUUUAGAUGGAUUUAAGGAUUGGUUAGAUUCUACAAGUUUCCAAACUACCAAACAAGUGAAUCAAGUACCAUUAAAUUUCAAACAAAUCAUUUAUGAGAAUAGAAGUAGUGAUAAUUCCAAUAAUAUAGCUAAAAGUAUAGAUUUUGAAGAAGAAGAAAAUAAAGAAUUCGAAAACUUGGAUAUUAACUGGUUAAAUUAUUUGAUAGAAAAAGAUAUAAAGUUUGGUAAAAAUAAAUUCAACAAUACGAUAUUCUACCCAGAGAAUUUAAGCGAAUAUCUCGUUGAAGGAGGUGGAGUAAUGAAUGAAUACUUACCAACAAAUAUACUGGAUCGGGAUUAA